AACAUGGCCGAGCCUGUGGUGCAGACCAUCUACAGGGAUCCUGCCCUGUUCUACUGGAUCCUGCUGCCCAUUACCGUCGUCAUGGUCCUCACCGGUAUCUUGCGACACUACCUCUCCACCCUCCUGCAGUCCGCGCCCAAGCAACAAGCCAUCAAUGUUUUGCGUCAACAGCGUUCGCUCAUGCGCGGUGUCAACCUUCGUAACAACUACCAGCAGCUGUCUCCAGCCUCUUUCGCUGCCCGCAAGGCAUACAUGAUCCAAGCCUACAAGGACGGCACUUUCCUCGCUGAACCUGAGAUGCGCGGGCAGCCUAAGGGCAACCCAAUGUCCGAUCCUGCUGCCAUGGAGGGUAUGAUGGGCAUGAUGAAGGGCCAGGUUGCCAUGAUGGUGCCUCAGAGCUUGAUCAUGGGCUGGAUCAAUGCCUUCUUCUCCGGCUAUGUCAUCAUGAAACUGCCAUUCCCUCUGACUCCUCAAUUCAAGUCUAUGUUGCAGUCUGGUGUUGGAACUAAAGAUCUUGAUGUCCGAUGGGUCUCGAGUUUGUCUUGGUACUUCUUGACCCUGUUCGGUCUGCAGCCUGUAUACAACUUCAUCCUCGGCAGCAAUAACGCGGCCAGUCAGGUCACGCAGCAGAUGGCUCAGGCCCAGAUGGGUGUCAACCCUAUGGGAGGACAGGAUCCUGACAAGGACUUCCAGAAUGAAGCAGAGAACCUCGAGGUGCUCGAGCAUCACUGCCUUCUCGAUGGCGUUGAGGACAGAUUACUGUCAAGUGUAGCAUAGAUUUGUAUAUAGACCACGCCUGCUCAUAGCAUAGAUCUGGCCAAUCAUCUCAUUUCACGCAUCAGCCUUCC